AUGAUCAAAGUUAAGCAGGUUAAAUUCACAGGUGGUAUCAAAUUUGCGGAGGAUGGAACUGCGUACCGCCAUGUUGAGCCAGGGACAACGCAGUACGUUGGCAAGCCCAGCGACGAGAUCGACUUGGCUUGGGAAGAAUUGAUCCGAGGCCAGGUAGUUGACUUAAUCGGAGACGAGGCCAAGGACUGGGUUAACAAGACCACACGCCAUCAUGGGCAGUGGUAUCCGGUUGGCGCCGAUGUCUUCCACCAGCUACACUGCGUAAAUAUGCUGCGACGGAAUCUCAACCCCGAAUAUUACAAGCCGUACAAUCCCGAGCCUCUGCAUACUGAGCACAUGUAUCAUUGUCUGGACUAUCUUCGCCAAGGCGUCAUGUGCCAAUCCGACCUGACACCCAUGUACUUUGAAUACUCGGCGGUGAGGCAUCGGACGCGUCAGGUACAGGAGACAUGGCAUACAUGCCGCGACUUUGAUCGGAUCCAGGCCUGGUCUUUGGCGAGAGACUAUGAUGCGCACCUCGAUGGACCCAGAACUCACGAACACUAG